GCCAGCGGCGCUGUGACGCCUCGCCUUGUUCGUGUAACAUCGAAGAGUGGAGCAUGUUUCUCUCGUGUUGAAUAACAAGUUAGGUAAACCGGGAGUAAGAUUCCGGGCUUAUACAAGGUAGGAGAUACUGGUGCAGUCCGAGACAAUGGCAUCAAGGGUGACAAAACUAGCCAGGAACGCCAAGCCUGUUAGAAGGGAUGAGGAGGGGAAAGGCAUUGCAAAGAAACGCAAAGCUGAGUCACACCAAGAGACAGUGAGUCCACAGAAGAAUGGCGUUGCUGAGAAGAAGAGCAUGGACAAGGAGAAACCAGAGGGGCUCAAUGGGGGCACUGCCCUGCCCGUCAAGAAUAAAAAAGGAGAACUUGUAUUUGAAGAUUUUCCUACUUUCCGUCCCAAUAUGACCCCAAUGGAGGUCCUUCAGGCAGGCAGUUUUGGAGGCACCUACUUCAGGCCUAUUCACUCCAGCAUCACAAAGGAGAAAUACAGUGGGGUUUGGAAGGAGCUUCCUGCAGACUGGCUUGAAGGCCUAGACAUUCCACAGCAGGUGGCCUCUGAGGUGUACAGGGAGGCUGUGAACACCUACAAGGUGAAGUGUGGAGGCAGUCUGGAGAUGUGGGAGAGCAGUGGCUGGAUUGUGCCUCAGGACACUUAUGGCUGGUUUCAGUGGUACUGCAGGUUUUACCAGGGUCGCCGCACAGCUGAUGACUCGCGGCAGGUGGGCCGCUGGGAAAGAUGUGCAGGAGUGAAGGGACGCUGGAGAAACAACCUGAUCACCAAGGUGUUGCGUUCCGGCUGCGGGUUCGACAACCACACUGUGUCCCCUGUAGUGAGACAAACCCUUCAGCACUGGGGCUACAGGCUGACCCAAGAGGACUACCAACAGGGAGCCAAGAGGGUCAAACCCAAAUGAGUUGUUAACUGCACAACUGCACUAGUUGUGUUAACAUUUUAAAAUGCCUUUUUAUUUUAAUAAGGUACACAUAAAAGAAACCUUAUCAGUGUACCAAGUGAAAAUGACAUUCCGCUUGGCAUUAGUUUCGAAGUUAUUGGAUGACUUUAUUAUUAUUAUUUU